UCUCUCUCUCUCUCGAUAACUCCAGGCACUAUGGCUGCAGAGGGCAGUCUAAUCCAGGGUGACAACAUUGUAUCGAUAGACGGUCUCAGUACAGAGGAAAUGACGCACCUGGAGGCACAGAACAAGAUUAAAAUGUCUUCCAAUAAACUGAACCUCACCUUAUCCAGGUCGAAACGUCCCGUCCCUGUACCCAUGGCAAUGCCCAGAAUGGACUCCUCCAUGCCAGUUAUCCCUCACCAAAAGAUCAUUGCAAACACGGCUGGAAAUCAGGAGUAUUUGCCCAACUUUAAGCCCAUAGCUCUGAAGGACUCGAGUCUGUCCACCAAUAAACCCAUUGAGGUGCGCGGCCCGGGAGGCAAGGCCACUAUCAUCCACGCUCAGUACAACACCCCCAUAUCCAUGUUCUCUCAGGACGCCAUCAUGGACGCUAUUGCCGGACAGUCACAGUCCAAGGGCCACGACGGCAUUGACUCUCUGUCUUUCUCCCAGGGAGAGUUGGAGGUGAAAGGACCUCGCUUUCACAAGCUGAAGAACUGGCCCAACGGUCUCUCAGCUCAGAUCCUCAAUAUCCCUGAGACUCCCUUCUAA